CAUAGUUUUUCCACUAAUCUCCAAAAUCACCUCCUCACUGUGCCCUAACACUCUUCCCCUCUCUUCUCUCUCUCUCUCUCUCUCUCUCUCUCUCUCUCUCUCUCGCUAAGCUCAGCAAAACCCCAUUCAACUAAAGACUGAAGAUUGUGCUUAACGAAAUUUUCGAUCUUUUUUACACCAAUGGUAGCAAGAUCGAAUUUUUGGGUAUGGCGGGCACUGUGGAUGCUGCUGGAGAUCCGAUCCCAACAUCGGCGGUGCUGAUGGCGUCGUCUAAGCACAUAGCGUUCAAAUGCCAAGCAGAGAACGUGGAAUUCAUCAAGUGCAAGAAGAAGGACCCUAACCCCGAGAAAUGCCUCGAAAAAGGCAAACAAGUCACUCGCUGCGUCCUUGGCCUGUUGAGAGAUCUUCAUCAGAGGUGCACAAAAGAGAUGGAUGCUUAUGUUGGAUGCAUGUAUUACAACACAAAUGAGUUUGAUUUAUGUCGCAAAGAGCAGCAAGCAUUUGAGAAAGCAUGCCCUUUGGACUAAAAUCAUUACAUUUAAUCCCAUGGUUAAAUAAUACGGGAGCUUUCCGAUGAGCAAAGCACUGAUGUUGCAAAUACUUUGAAUGUAGUUUGAAUGCAAUUUGUUUCUUGAAAUGAUUUGUCAAUCUCUUUGUAUGUUCAGAUUUUUAAUGGGAAAUGCUUCUAUGCAUGACAACCUUUUGCA